ACAAGACCGUCCUCUCUCUUUGCCAGCCACGAAGCCACUACCCUCUGCGAAGUGCAAACCCAUUCCUUCCCCCUUCCCUCGAACAUGGAUCCAGUAACUGCGUGGGGAAACUCCUCCCUCCAAACAGUUGACCCAGAAAUCCACGACUUAAUCGAGAAGGAAAAACGCCGCCAAUGCAGAGGAAUCGAACUGAUCGCAUCAGAAAACUUCACUUCUUUCGCCGUUAUAGAGGCUCUUGGAAGCGCUCUCACAAACAAGUACUCUGAGGGUAUGCCAGGUAACCGCUACUACGGCGGUAAUGAAUAUAUUGAUGAGAUUGAAAAUCUCUGCAGAGCUCGGGCCCUUCAAGCUUUUCAUUUAGACCCCACUAAAUGGGGUGUAAAUGUCCAGCCCUAUUCUGGUUCCCCUGCAAAUUUUGCUGCGUACACAGCAGUUCUCCAGCCCCAUGACAGAAUCAUGGGCUUGGAUUUGCCUUCAGGGGGGCAUUUGACUCAUGGGUAUUACACAUCUGGGGGUAAAAAGAUUUCAGCUACCAGUAUUUAUUUUGAGAGUUUGCCUUACAAGGUGAACCCGCAAACUGGGUUUCUUGAUUAUGAUAGGUUGGAAGAAAAGGCUUUGGAUUUUAGGCCUAAGCUUAUUAUUUGUGGUGGAAGUGCUUAUCCUAGAGACUGGGAUUACAAGAAGUUUAGAUCUGUUGCUGAUAAGUGUGGUGCUCUUUUGCUUUGUGACAUGGCUCACAUUAGUGGCCUUGUUGCUGCUCAGGAAGCUGCCAACCCGUUUGAGUACUGUGACAUAGUCACCACCACUACCCACAAAAGUUUGAGGGGUCCCAGGGCUGGUAUGAUCUUCUACCGCAAGGGCCCUAAGCCACCCAAGAAGGGUCAGCCGGAGGAUGCAGUUUAUGACUUUGAAGACAAGAUCAACUUUGCAGUUUUCCCAUCUCUUCAGGGUGGUCCUCACAACCACCAGAUUGGUGCUCUGGCUGUUGCAUUGAAACAGGCCCAGAGCCCUGGGUUCAAGGCCUAUGCUAAGCAAGUCAAGGCCAAUGCAGUUGCCCUUGGAAACUACUUGAUGAGCAAGGGAUACAAGCUUGUUACUGAAGGCACCGAGAACCACCUUGUUCUGUGGGAUCUUAGGCCCCUUGGGUUGACAGGCAACAAGGUUGAAAAACUAUGCGACCUUGCAAACAUCACUGUGAACAAGAAUGCCGUGUUUGGUGACAGCAGUGCUUUGGCACCUGGUGGAGUGAGAAUCGGUGCCCCCGCCAUGACUUCUAGAGGUUUGGUUGAGAAGGAUUUCGAGCAGAUUGGAGAAUUCCUCCACCGUGCUGUGACCAUCACACUGAGCAUCCAAAAGGAACAUGGAAAGCUCUUGAAGGACUUCAACAAGGGUCUGGUGAACAACAAGGAAAUCGAGGCCCUCAAGGCUGAUGUUGAACAGUUCUCAGGCUCCUUUGAGAUGCCUGGCUUUCUGAUGUCUGAGAUGAAGUAUAAGGAUUAGUCCAACUAUUCAAUUAUCAUUAAGCUUUUCUGUUCUGGUCUUCGCAAAUACCAUUCUUCCUGGAAAGAAAAAGCUUCCAUCUUUGUCUGUUCUUAUAGUUAGCUGUCAAUUUUUCAUUUGAUUUUAAUUUGUUGCUUUUGUCCUUAUUAUUUACCUUCUUGGGAUGAAUGGUCCUCGUGUCAUUCGAGCUAUGAAAAUGUUUCACUAUCUCAAUGACUUGAUGAUCUAUUAUGAUGUAUCUGAUUCAAUAAAUCAAUGAUAAGCUUUCGUGCAAGUGAUGAUUGAGAA